UCCAUCAUGAGUGAGAUACGGGACUCCAACUCUUCAGAAAAGUGGAUUCACGUCUGGAGUGUCAAUGGCACAAAGCAUGAUCUGUACUCAGAUAUCAAUGUCACCUAUGUGAAUUACUAUCUUCACCAGCCUCAAGUGACAGCGAUCUUCAUUAUUUCUUACUUUCUGAUCUUCUUCCUGUGCAUGGUGGGAAAUAUAGUGGUUUGCUUUAUUGUAAUGAGGAGCAAACACAUGUGCACAGUCACUAAUCUCUUCAUCUUGAACCUGGCAAUAGGUGAUUUACUAGUUGGCGUAUUCUGUAUGCCCAUAACACUGCUGGACAAUAUUAUAGCAGGAUGGCCAUUUGGAAACACAAUGUGCAAGAACAGUGGACUGGUCCAGGGAAUAGCAGUUGUAGCUUCAGUCUUCACUUUAGUUGCAGUAGCAGUAGACAGGUUCCGGUGUGUUGUCUACCCUUUUAAACCAAAGCUCACUAUCAAGACAGCGUUUGUCAUUAUUGUGAUCAUCUGGGUCCUGGCCAUCACCAUUAUGUCUCCAUCUGCAGUAAUGUUACAUGUACAAGAAGAAAAAUAUUACCGAGUGAGAUUCAACUCACAGAGUAAAACCAGCCCAGUCUAUUGGUGCGGGGAAGAUUGGCCAAAUCAGGAAAUGAGGAAGAUCUACACCACUGUCCUGUUUGCCAACAUCUACCUGGCUCCACUGUCCCUCAUUGUCAUCAAGUAUGGAAGGAUUGAAAUUUCACUCUUCAAGACUGCAGUUCCCCACAGCGGUCAGCAGAACCAGGAGCAGUGGCAUGCAGUGUCCAAGAAGAAGCAGAAAGUCAUUAAGAUGCUCCUGACUGUGGCCUUGCUUUUCAUUCUCUCCUGGCUGCCCCUGUGGAUGCUGAUGAUGCUCUCAGACUAUGCUGAACUUUCUCCAAAUAAACUAUAUGUCAUCAACAUCUACAUCUACCCCUUUGCACGCUGGCUGCCCUUUUGCAACAGCAGCGUCAACCCCAUCAUUUAUGGUUUCUUCAAUGAGAAUUUUCACUGUGGUUUCCAGGAUGCUUUUCAGCUCCAGUUCCGCCAAAGGAGAGCAAAGCCCAAGGAAGCCUACUCCCUAAGAGCACAUACCAAUAUGGUCAUAAACGCUCUAAUCAGCUAGCUCAGGAACCUACAUUUCAAAACACACAUGGUGAAAAUGUGCUUUAUAAUAAAAGUGCUGAAAAACCCAGACAGGAAUUAAUGACGGAAGAUUUGGGAGAAGCUUCCAACAAUGAUGAGAUUAAAAGAGAGCUGGGGUAAUUAUUUUAACUCUACUACGUGUAUAUAUUGAAAUCCUACUGCUUUCUGUGGGUUUGUACUUCAAUUCUUUCUAUGAAUGUGGUAAAGAAAACAUAUACUGAAAGCCCCCUCUGGGAAAAAAAAAAGUAAACAAAAACGGUCUUAUGAUGAUAACCAAUCUUGUGGCAUUUAAAGUAUGUACAGUGACUUGUAUAUAAUUUUGCCUAAAUAAAUCCAUUUUCUAGGAAAUAGUU